AAAAGAUAUAUAAUGAAUUAAGGAGAAGAAGAAAUCACAUAAGUUUAGUAGUAUGAAAAAGUAGUAAAGUAUAUUGUUAAAAAUACACCAUUUGGACAAGCUAACUUAGUGAUCAAGGAUUUGUGCAAAAUCAUAGGGAAUAUUAAUCCAUAGGAUCCUAUAAUGCUAUAAGCUUUAAAGGAUCAUAAUGAAGAACAUUUAGCUUUGUUUAAAGGAUAGAGUACUUAAGUAUUAGUCUGUAAUGAUAUUUUAGAUCUUGACAAGUGUUCUAAAUUCUUAGGAAGACUUUUAUGUUGAUUAAAAAAACAAUGAAACAAUUUAAGUAGAUCAUGAGAAAUUAGAAAUAAUAUCUAGAUCUUAAGUAGAAUUGCCAUCAGAACCAGAUCUAAAUCAACUUAGAGAUGCACUUGAAUAAUAACUUAAUCUCUAUUUGAGUUAAUAAUUUAAUGAGAAAAUUUGUGGAGCAUAUGGUAUAAUUUUAUUGCAUUUGUUUUAGUUAUGUAUUAAGGUGAUGCUUCUGAUUUUACAUUCUAUUUAGGAAUAACUGCAAAAACAAUAAAUUUACCUAAUUUUUUGUAUAAUUCUUUUUAAUAUUUUUAGCUGUGGAAGUUGGAUAUCAACUUGGGAAUUUACUAGAACACAAUUAAAAGGUGAUUUAAAAGUUUAAGCACAUUAUUAUGAAGAUGGUAAUGUGUAAUUAAAAAAUGUAAAUACUUUUUCAGAAGGAAUCAAUGUAGAUUUAUCAGCUGCAAGUGAAAGUGCUAAAUAGAUAGUUCAUACAAUUUCUAAAUUAGAAAAUAAACAUCUAACCGGAAUGGAUAAUUUAUAUAAUUCUAUGCCUGACAUUUUCUUUAAAGCAAUGAGAAGACCAUUACCAAUUACAGGUACUAAAAUGAAUUGGAAUGAAAAUGUUCACAAAUUAGUUGCCAAUUUGAAAUAAUGAAAAUAUAAUAAAUAUUUAAUGAAC